UUAGGAGGCUGCGGAGGGGCGCAACACCGCGGGAGCCGGCCCGCCAGAGGUGCCCGCUGGGAACCAGAGAUGCGAGAAAUGCAAGGAUUUGCAGCACACAAAGAGAGGAAGGAAGAAACGGAAUUCGGUGAAGAUGGCAACUUUUACUCCCAGGGAGAGGAAGCAGCAUUCUUUGAACUGUGACAGCCUAUUGUCAGAUAUUCCGUCAAAGAAGUUAAUUGUGCGCCUUACCGAAAAUCUGUUUCCAUCACCUAGUAAAAAGAACAUUUGUCCAAACAGUGAUAAAAAUGAAGAAAAGGUACAUUGUUUGCAACAAGGCCAUUUCGUUCUAAGUCCCCUCACAACUAAAAAUAAUAGAUUACCACCUGCAAAUCAAGGUUCACUAUUUGAAUCUGUUGUGUCCACUGUAUCUUUUUACAACAAAAAUAAGUGGUACCUCAAUCCACUGGAGAGAAAGCUGAUAAAAGAGAGUAGAUCCACUUGUUUAAAAGCUAGUAAUGAAGAUAACUCCCUUCCCACUGUGACAGAAAAAAUGCAGGGAAAACCAGUCUGUUCCAAGAAGAGGAACAAAAAACCUCAGAAGAGCUUAACUGCUAAGUAUCAACCAAGUUAUAAGCACAUCAAGCCUGUAUCAAGGAAUUCUAAAAAUACCAAGCAAAAUCGAGUGACCUAUAAGCCAAUUGUGGAAAAAGAGAGUAAUUGUUGCUCAACUAGAAAUAAUCCAAGUGCUCCUCGGGUUCUAAGCCAAAAAAUAAAACCACAAGUUACGCUUCAGGGUGGAGCAGCAUUUUUUGUUAGUAGAAAAAAAUCUCUUAGAAAACGUUCUCUGGAAAAUGAACUGUCACUGGAACUCACCCAAAAGAAUAAACGAUACAUGGAUGAGGAUUCUGAUGUAGAGACUGUCAGUGAAGUAAAAACUUUUGAGGCAAAGCGAGUGCCAAAGUGCUUGUUACUAGAAGAAAAUUUGAACAUUGAACUACUGAGUGCAAGAAGUAAAAAUGAAGAGAAAUUAGUAAAGCAUUCACCAGGUGGCAUAGUUUCUUCAAGAGAAUGUGAAGUUGAUAAAAACAAGCAUUUUCCUUCAGGGGAUUCUCUUGGUAAGAACAAGACAAUUUCUCCUGAGUCCACUGUCUAUCCCAUCUUCAGUGUGUCUUCAGUCGGUUCAAAAAGAUCUCUAGUUGAAGAACAGUCUUCUGUGGAAUCCCUCAUAUGUACUAACUUCUUGAAACCAGGCAACAUCCAGAAGAGUACUAAUAUCAGAGAUACAAGUAAAGAAACAAAAGACCAGUUCAUCAUUGAUGCUGGUCAGAAACAUUUUGGGGCUACUAUGUGUAAGUCUUGUGGCAUGAUAUAUACUGCUUCCAGCCCUGAAGAUGAAAUGCAGCAUGUUCAGCAUCACCAAAGGUUUCUAGAAGGAAUCAAGUAUACGGGAUGGAAGAAAGAACGUGUCGUAGCAGAGUUUUGGGAUGGCAAAAUUGUGUUGGUUCUGCCACAUGAUCCAAGUUAUGCUAUCAGAAAGGUAGAAGAUGUCCAAGAACUUGUUGAUAACGAAUUGGGCUUCCAGCAAGUGGUUCCCAGGUGUCCAAGCAAAACCAAAACUUUUCUUUUUGUAUCUGAUGAAAAGAAGGUAGUUGGGUGUUUAAUUGCAGAGCCCAUCAAACAGGCCUUUCGUGUCCUGUCUGAACCAACUGGCCCCGAAUCCCCAAACUCUAAAGAAAGUUCUAGGGCUUGGCAAUGUUCAAAUGUGCCAGAACCUGCAGUUUGUGGAAUAAGUAGAAUCUGGGUUUUCAAAUUGAAGAGAAAAAAGCGUAUUGCAAGACGACUUGUAGAUACUCUCAGGAAUUGCUUCAUGUUUGGCUGUUUUCUCAGCACUAAUGAAAUAGCAUUUUCUGACCCAACACCCGAUGGCAAGUUAUUUGCAACCAAGUACUGCAACACGCCUAAUUUCCUUGUAUACAAUUUUAAUAGUUAAAGCUGAUUGCAACUAUAAAGCAGUUACUGUGUGGAUAAGGUCAGACAGCCCCUCACAUACAAUACGAGCUGCUUAGUAAAGAUCAAAAUAAAAAAUAUUGAAACUCACUCACAUGCCCCACACACCUGCCACAGUUUUGUCCCUGAAGAGUUGAAGUCAGGGAUAAAUUUGUUGAAAACUACCUGAGGAUUCAAAGAAAGGAAAA